UGAAAUGUCUGGCAAUAAGGCGGUUCCGGAUUGGUUGGUUCCAGUUGUUCCUGGUUAAUGGCGAGCUCAGGUGUAAGCGCAUAAAUAGGGACGAUUGAAGGAUGGGUGAUAAGGAUCUGGAAUAUACUAUUGUGUUUCCUGAACCUAGCGAUUCAGGCUUUAAAGAAAACCCAGUGAUAAUUCUGUUGGGUUGGGGUGGCUGCCAAGACAAGCAUUUAGCAAAAUACAGCUAUAUCUACAAAAAUCAGGGUUGUAUAGUUCUCAGAUAUACUGUUCCAUGGCGUCAGAUAUUUUUCCCUGGAACCUUCAGCAAAAAUCUUCAUUGCACUGCAAGAAAACUCUUAGAUCUCCUGUUUGACAUUGGCAUAGAAGAGCAUCCGAUCAUGUUCCACGUUUUCAGUAAUGGUGGAUGCGUGCUUUACCGCCACGUUGUUGAGCUCCAAUGUAACAAAACUGAAACUUAUUUCACCAAGUUAAAUGUAAUAGGAACCAUUUUUGAUAGUGCACCUGGAAACAAGAACCUCCAGGGUGGCAUCCGUGCGCUGUAUACAGUCUUGGGUUCUUCAGUCAGUGUUUUUGUGAAGUGCAUUACUAUUCCUGCUUUUGUCUUGAUUGUACUUCUUAAGGCUGUGCUUUAUCCAAUAACACAGCUUGUCUCCUUGUCAUGCUAUGAUGCUUUGAAGGUGGACCCAUCAAGGUGGCCUCAACUUUUCUUGUAUUCAAAAGCAGAUAAGAUAAUUCUUCAAAAGGAUAUAGAGGCAAUGAUUAAAGUUAGAAAACUGUUAGAUAUUCAAGUACAAUGUGUGGAUUUUAACACAUCACAGCAUGUAAGCCACUUUAGAGAAUUCCCUGAUGAGUAUUCCACAAAGUGCAUCAGUUUCCUCAAAGAAUGUGUUCAGAAAGCACCUUUGUCUAGAUUGUUUGACAAAAAAAAAAUUUAAUGCAAUGACUAAUUCAAAGUCCAAGGCAGCAGCCAAGGACAACAAUUGGACUCUGUGUCCCUGGGCUAGGUGCUGAGGGGGGUUGCUGGGGAUGAAAUCAGCCUGUAUUCUGCUUCUGUUUGUUAUUUAAUGACUCCUGCUGGAAAGUACACUUGUAAAUUUUGGGCGACAAUAUCAUUAAGCUUAGUUAUGGUACCCUUCAUGGUUGAGUAACCUGCUGGCACUGGUUGUCUCAGCUAGUGUGAAAAAUAGCUCCUUGGGUGCAAUCAGAGGGUUGAUGUCACCCAACACAUCAGCAUCUUCAAAAUGGGAUGGCAGAAUUAGGAGAGCAUGAAGUUUUUAAAAAUCCCAAGUCUCAGACAGGAUAUGCCGAUAAUCAUUGGAAAGAUUUUGCACUUUUAUUUUUGGAGAUUUUGCACAAAGGUUUUGGAAAAGUAGCAAAAGUUGUAUAAUGUCAGAUCCAACGCCCAUAUUAUGUUUGAUGUAGUUUAUGUUCUGAUAAUGUAAGAUCAACCAAUCAUUAGCUUGUUUUUAUUUGUAUAAUGGAAGCAAAUACUUUUAGUUUCUAAUAAUUUGUGUAUUAAAAUAGUAUUCCCAGUGUAAUAUUUUUCUGAAUGGUUUACAGGAAUUGGGAAGAUUUUAAAAUGAAUUUUCAUGAUAUGAACAUAGCUGGCAAGGCCAGAAUUUACUGCCCAUCUCUUGUUGGACCUGGGAAGGUGGUGGUGGUCCUUCUUGAAUGCUGCAUUCUAUGUGACGUAGCUUAAUGAUGUAAGGUAGGGAGUUCUGGAAUUUUGAUCUGCAAUAAUGAAGACAGGAAAAUACUUGUCCAAAGCAGGAAGGGUGUGACUUGGAGGUGAUGGUGUUCAUGUGCACCUGAAAGCCUUGCCAGGAAGUUGUGGAAUUGAGAGGUGUUGUCAAAGAAACCUUGGCAAGUUGCUGUGCUGCAUUCUGUAGAUUAUGUGUACCAUGGCUGCAGUAUGUACAUAAUUUGAUACAAUGUGAAAAGAGCUAAAUAAUUUCUCAUUUAUUCAAUUCCCUAUGUCUCCUGCCACCUCAGGCCCUACAAUCCCCCAAGAUCUCUGUGCACUUCUAAUCUGGCCUCUUGUCUAACCCUAUGUUAAACACUCUACUAUUGGUGACCAUCCCCUCAAUUGCCUGGGUUUUGGGUUUUUGAAUCAUGACCCUCAUCCCAAGCUUUUCUACCUUUCACUUCUUUAUGAUGCUCCUUAAAACCUACCUCUUUGACUCUGCUUUUGGUCACUGUGCUAUUAUCUCUGUGGCUCAGUGUCAAAUCUUGUUUGGCAAUGCACCUGUGAAGUCUUAGGACAUUUUACUAUGUUAAAGAUGCUAUAUAAAUGCAACUUAUUGUGUUGUUUUGCCUCUGGAUAAGUUGGCUGAAAACAUGUCAUCCAGAGUUUUACACAUCGUUAUAACUGCAAGCAGGUUUUGUCCAGUAGCAUCUCCAGCCUAUACAGUGGUCCUGCACUGCAUCUUAGAACUACUGAGGAACAAAAACUAUUGUCUGCAGCUUUUAUGUUGGAAAAGUUCGUGGUUCUUUUUGUAGUGGAUUUUUUUUUGCCACUGUUAUUGAUGUCAACUUCUGGCAUUGAAGCAUGAUUUAUUAUUUUUCUUAACUGCCUUAGCUGCUGUUGUUUGACAUCCCCCUUAUUUCUGGCCUCUUGCUUAUUUCUGAUUUUUUUUAAAAUCAGGAUUUGCACAUUUGACAGCAGUCACAUAUGAUCUUUUAUCAGCAUUUUGCUCUGAUGAAUGCCACAUGCCACAAAUUGGCUUAAGCUUCAAUUGGUGUGUCUCAUCCUGUCAUUCAAGGCAUAGUAUUACAAUAAUGCAGCAAGAAAUAUCCUCCCUAUCUUUUAGAUUCUGUCACUUGGAGUAGUUGGAUUUGAUGGACUUUUACUGUUUUUUAAUGGAAUACAUGGAUUUCACCCUUUUUCUUGCUUAAUCGUUUUUCACUUUGUCUUUUUUUUCUCGCUUCCUUUUACUCUCUCUUUCAGAUUGAUGAUGAAUUUUUACAAUAGGAACCUGUAACUCUGAUCUAGGCUGGCCACCAUGUUCUCACAGAUUGCUCAGAACAUUUACUAGUAACUUUCUUUUUUGUUUCCCCUUGGUAACUGAAAUUGUUCCUGCCCAAAAUAAAGAUCUAAACAAAAUAAUAAA